AGAAAUUGAGCAAAACUACGCAAAACAGCUGAGAAAUCUGGUUAAGAAGUACUGUCCUAAACGCUCACCAAAAGAUGAGGAACCCAGGUUUACUUCGUGUAUUGCCUUUUUUAACAUCCUCAAUGAGUUGAAUGACUAUGCAGGACAACGGGAAGUAGUUGCAGAAGAAAUGGGACACAGAGUGUAUGGAGAAUUGAUGAGAUAUUCUCACGAUCUAAAAACCGAGAGAAAAAUGCAUCUUCAGGAAGGGCGAAAGGCUCAGCAGUAUCUGGACAUGUGCUGGAAACAGAUGGAUAAUAGCAAAAAGAAAUUUGAGAGAGAAUGCAGAGAGGCAGAGAAGGCACAGCAAAGCUAUGAACGACUGGACAAUGAUACUAAUGCGACGAAGGCUGAUGUUGAGAAGGCUAAGCAGCAGUUGAACCUGCGCACACAUAUGGCUGAUGAAAACAAAAAUGAAUAUGCUGCACAACUACAGAAUUUUAAUGGAGAACAGCACAAACACUACUACAUUGUCAUUCCUCAGAUCUACAAGCAACUUCAAGAAAUGGAUGAAAGAAGAACUAUCAAACUUAGUGAAUGUUACAAAGGCUUUGCUGACUCCGAGCGCAAGGUUAUUCCAAUUAUCUCAAAAUGCUUAGAAGGGAUGAUCCUUGCAGCAAAAUCAGUUGAUGAACAUAGAGACUCUCAACUAGUGAUAGACUGCUUCAAAUCUGGAUUUGAACCUCCUGGAGAUUUUCCAUUUGAAGACUACAGUCAGAAUAUUUACAGAACUAUCUCUGAUGGAACCAUCAGCACACCAAAGCAAGAGGGAAUGAGAAUUGAUACAAAAACUACAGUUGGCAAGGCUAAAGGAAAGCUGUGGCUAUUUGGAAAGAAACCAAAGCCACAAUCCCCACCCCUAACCCCUACUAGUUUAUACACAUCCAGUACUCCUAAUGGGUCCCAGUAUCCCAUAUUCUCCAUUGAACCAGUGCAUUAUUGCAUGAGUGACAUAAAAACAGGGAAGCCCAGAAUUCCUUCUUUCAGAAGCCUCAAAAGAGGGUGGUCGGUGAAGACGGGCCCUGCACUGGAAGAUUUCAGCCAUCUCCCUCCAGAACAAAGACGCAAGAAACUGCAGCAGAGAAUUGAUGAACUUAACAGAGAGCUACAGAAAGAAACAGACCAAAAAGAUGCCCUCAUCAAGAUGAAGGAUGUUUAUGAAAAAAAUCCUCAGAUGGGUGAUCCAAGCAGUUUGCAACCAAAAUUAACUGAGACAAUGAGCAAUAUGGACCGUCUUCGGAUGGAAAUACACAAGAAUGAGGCCUGGCUCUCUGAAGUUGAAGGUAAAGUAGCAGCCAGAAGCGACAGGCGGCACAGCAGCGACAUCAACCACCUUGUCACCCAGGGCCGAGAGAGCCCUGAAGGGAGCUACACGGAUGAUGCCAACCAGGAAGUUCGUGGCCCACCACAGCAACAUGCUCAUCCCAAUGAGUUUGAUGAUGAGUUUGAAGAUGAUGAUCCAUUACCAGCUAUAGGACAUUGCAAGGCAAUAUAUCCGUUUGAUGGUCAUAAUGAAGGCACUCUAGCAAUGAAAGAAGGGGAAAUUUUGUACAUUAUUGAGGAGGACAAAGGAGAUGGGUGGACAAGAGCUCGAAGACAUAAUGGAGAGGAAGGCUAUGUGCCAACAUCAUAUAUAGAUGUAACGCUAGAGAAAAACAGCAAAGGUUCCUGAAGCGGGUUUCUGAGAAAAUGGGCGAGAUCUUGAAGGAGGUUACAUGCAGCUGCUGGGGGGG